UUGUCGUCCUUUCCCCAUCGGGACCUCUUCCUCACCCGCUCACUAUACGACAUUUUCCCGCUUUUCCGCCUGCUGGUAUCCACCCUGACCUGAUCCUCAUUCGCAUUACCUAAUACCGCUGGGCCUCCCAUGUCCGCCGCUGCUGGCAUCUCGGCAUCUAAUAGCUCAAACAAUGCGGAGUCGCGACCUACUAGCCUCCCCAACUCGAGAUACGAAUCCAAUAGCAGUACUAAUACGCAAGACCUAUCACCGAAGCGCGCAGCCUCAUCACAGCAUAUAAGAAUCUCCAAGCACCUGGAUCGACCGCACCUGACCGGCAAGAACCGUACGUUGAGCGAUGUGCUGCGUUCGCAUCGAAACCACCAGGAGCAGGAGACGUUGCUGGGCGACGAUGAACUUGCGGAUCCCGACGGAUGCGUCCGAGGGGAACAUGCGGCUUCAGGACCGCGGGAAAACUUCUAUACUGAUCCGAACACGAAGUUGAAUGUUUACUAUAACAUUCAGCGGAUCCGACGGCUGGUGUUGGCGAGCAUAGAGGACCCGUAUAGCAUGGAUCAGCUGAAAGAACCACGCAUGAAUGUUUUGAUCGUCAAGCCUCUUGUCGACCGGCUCUUUGAUGCUGAUGAUAUAUCAAUUGUCUACUGCCUGUUUGUCAACAGGAUGCAAUUCUUACGCGAGCAGCAGUUCCAGCAUCAUCACCAGACUGUGAAUCUAACCCGAGCCAACUUGUGCGAGUUGGUUGCCAUGAAAGUUCUUCGAAGGCACGAUGAGGAGUUCACAGGGAAGCAAGGCCUACUUCAACUAGCCAGGAUCUUAGUCUCUCCGUUCACGCCGUUCCAGAACGCGCCCUCUGAGAUAUGCCCUGAGAACCGCAAGUGGGAGUAUCAGAGCCAGGGAGGUUACGAGGGCAAGUUGACUGCACUGGAAGUCGCAAUCGUUUCCGAGAGCAAAAUGUUCCUCAGCAGCUCAGCGCCACAGAAGGUCAUCGACGGCGUUUACCGUGGCCGCAUCGUCUACACCCCAACUGCCUUUAUGGAUAUCCUUCCUGAUCACUACAAGCACAAGCCGAUAUCCCUCUACGAUCCACGGCACGCUCCCCUCCUGAACCAGUACCGUUUGAUCGUGCCCAGAACUCGUACCUUUGUGGAAGCAACGUGGUUCGUUAUCCUGAUCGCGCUGUACUGUUGGUGUAUGAUGAAACAGAACCACGACAAAUUUACACUAGCCGAACUCGUGUUCUUGAUCUAUGGCGCUGGUUGGGUCGUGGAUGAGUGCGCGUCCAUGUUGGAGCACGGUUGGCAAGUACACACACAAGAGCUAUGGGCAUUCUUGGACGUCACGUUUGUGGUCAUCUACUUGUCGUAUCUAGGUCUUCGAGUCUGGGCCUGGUCAGUCGACAGCAGCGAUCUUGGGAGGCAAGCAUUGGACAUUCUUGCCAUUGCUGCUCCGAUCCUGUUUCCCAGACUGGCCUUUAAUCUCAUGCCGGAAAACAUGCUAUUCAUCGCACUGCGGGCUAUGGUGAAGGAAUUCACAGCCCUCAGCUUGAUCGCUGUGUGGUGCUUCGCCGGGUUCUUGUUAUCGCUCAAGUGGCUCAGCAUGGGCAGCGCAAAGGACAACUUCGGCGACGAGCCCGGCCCUAUCGAAAUCUCCAAGUGGAUGCUCUGGAUAUGGUUCGGCCUCGACGGCACAGGCAUCACCGAGUCGCCCAACUUCCACGAGGUACUCGGCCCUGUGCUCAUGGUUGUCUACGCCUUCCUAGGCAACACCCUCUUCCUCACGGUCCUCGUGUCCAUCCUCUCAAACACCUUCUCCAAGAUCGCCGCCGACGCAACCGCAGAAAUUCAAUUCCGCCGCGCAGUCUCCACUUUCGAAGGCGUAAAGUCCGAUUCCUUGUUCUCCUACUUCCCACCCACCAACAUCCUCGCCAUCGUCUUCCUCCUUCCCCUAAAGUUCAUCGUAACACCCCGCUGGUUCCACAAGAUCAACAUCACCAUGGUGCGCGUUCUCAACGCCCCGCUUCUGCUGGCCAUCGCUUGGUACGAACGGCACCACCUCUGGAAGCCGAAGCGCAAACCUACUGUCAACGGGCCGACCAAGCGUGGAAAGUGGAGCCUCUGGAGCACCUUCGAUGUGCACGCCGAGAUCCGCGAGGUGUUCGACGAAGAGCCGCCUGAAGCGGUGAUGCAGCGGAUCGAGGAGGAGGAUGAUCUUGAAGAUGCGAUUCUGGAAAACAGUUUUGCAGGAAUGGCGGGAAUAAGGAGUCGCAGUAUGAGUCCGGGGAGUGCGAUGCAGGGGCCAAGGAGGAGGCGACUGAGCAGUGUCUGGCAGGAUAUGUGAAUGUCAGACCCUGGGGCGGAUUUGUUGGCGUUAAUAUAGGGUGCUGUAAUAAGCCUGUACACUAUCGUUCCUCUAAGUAUCUGAGCGUAGGAGUUAGCGUUGGGCUGGGGCUUCGGCUUGCUGUCUGGAUAUAUCGGUCCUUGCCAUAUCUUUACUCUCACUUCUGAUUGCGCAUACGAUCAGCGUUUUGAGUAGCGUUGUAAGUCAAGAAACUUGAACGU